GUAGAGUGUAUUUCCCGUCAUAUCUCUCUCUCCUUCUCUCGGUGAAUGCAUUAAUUUCCAGUAUACCUCUCUACCCGGUGCCGGCCAACGUUGAUAAUUGACAUACCCGUCGUCCUAGCUGCUCCCAUUUUCACUGAGAAGAUAAACAGUAACAUGAAUAGUGAGUGAAAGAGAAUAUAUAGGAUUUAUACGAAGAGAAGAAUGGCUGGGAAUGCAUUAGUUAAUCUUUCCACAAAUUAUACCAUGUUGAAUAUUGUGCCGAAUAGGCGUAACGGUCUUGUGGAUUUCUUGCCACGCUCAAGAACUCCGGCAAGACCCAGUGGUAGAGUCUUUAGGGUAAAAGCAAUGUCUGCAGAUACGGGUCAUAGUCAGGAGCAGAAACAAGAACAGCCCGGGGUGGCUUCUGUGCGCAAAAAUGUAUUUUCUGUUGUUUUGGAUGUGCCAAGGAACAUUUGGAGGCAGACUCUACGGCCACUGAAUGAUUUUGGGUUUGGGAGAAGGAGCAUUUGGGAAGGUGGGGUAGGGUUGUUUCUUGUUUCUGGUGCGGUGUUGUUGGCACUUAGCUUGGCUUGGUUGCGGGGGUUUCAAUUGCGAUCAAAGUUCAGGAAAUAUUUGGCUGUUUUUGAGUUUGACCAGGCUUCAGGCAUCUGUACAGGGACACCUGUUAGGAUCCGAGGGGUGAAUGUUGGGAAUGUUAUCCGUGUUAAUCCCUCGUUGAAAAAUAUUGAAGCCGUGGCUGAGGUUGAUGAUGACAAGAUAAUUAUACCUCGGAAUUCAUUGGUAGAGGUGAACCAGUCCGGUCUUCUCAUGGAAACUAUGAUCGAUAUUACUCCCAGAGACCCAAUUCCAACUCCUUCAGUAGGACCUCUUGAUCAAGAUUGUCUCAAAGAAGGUUUAAUUGUAUGUGACAGGCAAAAGAUAAAGGGAUAUCCAGGGGUAAGUUUGGAUGCAUUGGUUGGGAUAUUCACCCGCAUUGGCCGUGAAGUAGAAGAAAUUGGUGUUACAAAUACCUUUUCUUUGGCUGAAAAAGUUGUAUAUGCCAUUGAGGAGGCUCGUCCUUUACUCAAUCAGAUCAAAGCCAUGGCUGAAGAUGUUCAGCCUUUGUUGACUGAAGUCCGUAAUAGUGGCUUAUUGAGCGAAGUGGAGAGUUUGACAAAAAGCUUGACACAAGCUUCUGAAGAUCUGAGAAGAGUACAUUCAUCUGUAAUGACUCCUGAGAAUACAGAACUAAUAAGGAAGUCUGUAUAUACACUGGUUUUCACUUUGAAGAACAUUGAGAGUAUAAGCUCCGACAUAUUAGGAUUCACUGGUGAUGAAGCGACCAGACGGAAUCUAAAAUUGCUUAUCAAGUCACUCAGCCGGCUACUGUGAAGAUGGAAGACACCGAAAAGCUUAGUCACAUUCAAUAUUCAAAUUGAGUGAAUCCGAACUGCUUCUAUAAUCUUGAAUGCAACAGGCAGGCAUUUGACAUGGAGGCCAGUUUAGAUCGCUGUUGGAGACACACGAGUUCUUUGGGUAAUUGUGCAAAUCGUUUAGGUAGUUUGAUCUUUUGUUAAGAUAGAAGAUGAACCUAUAUUCCUUGUAUUCCCAUUACUUUGCUUUGGUGAAAGCCUUCAUAAUGUCUCUUUCUUGUAUUCAAACUCCUGUCUGGGAAUAUGAGGAAUAGUUCAGAGAUUUUGGUUAGAAAUAUUACUUUGAACUGAAAGGAUAGUUGUCCUUUGAAGCUUUUCAUAUUUUUGAAAUUUGAGUUCAAGACAAUGUACCCAUUGAUCAGGUUUAUUGAAUUUUGUUAAUAAGAUCAUAGAUUAAAGAAUUCA